AUGGCUGAGUACUGGCAGCAGUUGACCAACGGCGCCGGAGAAGCGGGACCCAGCCAUGAGUCACCCGCCAUGGCAGACUGCAACGGAGGUCACGAAUCGCCGCCAGCGGGUGGUUCCUACAACAGACAGGGCAACAACAAUUACGUGAACUUCAAUCAGUUCAUUAUGCAGCACAAUCUGGGUGGAGGAGCACCCUCCAAUGCCAACAGCACUAUGCAACAUCCGCUGGGCAGCAGCUACACAAACUACUCACUGGGCGGCGGUGGAGGUGCUUUUGGACUGAACCCACCAGUGGCAUCCGCGAGUACCAGCAACUUUGUAAAUUUUUACUCGCAGGCCAUGUUCCCAACCUAUCAAAAUGGCGAUGGCAUCGCUAGAGUCACCUUCACCAGCAGCUAUGGGUUGGACAAUCCGAGCAACAGCACUUUUUCGAGUUUUUACACACCUUUUGGCACCAAUCCGUUUGACUUCAGCGCUUCCAAGCUGCAGGCCUCGGCUCCGGAAUUCGUGCCCAAUUUCGCCAAGCUGAGUCUAGAAGAGACACCGGCAGCCACUACGAACGGAAACAGCACUGCCAGCCUAGAGACUGCCAUAAAUGAGUCAAGACCUAGGACUCUGCGAGCUCAAGAACCACCUGAACGAGGAGCUAACAACCACCACUCGAACAACAAUUACGAACGGGAGCGUGAGCGGGAACGGGACCGGGACAGGGACAGGGAUCGGGACCAGGACAGGGACCGUGACAGGGACCGUGACAGGGACCGGGACAGGGACAGGGAUAGGGACUCUAGACCCGGAAAUACGCGACAACAACGCCGCUCCGACUAUCGGGACGAUCGGGAGGACCGGUACGAACGAAGCGAUCGUAGGAGGCCGCAGAAGCAGCAACGCUACGACAAUCAUCGCAGCAACAAACGCAGGGAUGACUGGAAUCGCAACAGGGACCGCAUCAACGGCUUUCCCAGGGCCGUUGACGAUUUGGACACGAGCAAUGAGAGCGCACACCCAUCGCCCGAAAAGCAGUCGCAGCUGAAGCAAAUCUCCCCAAGGAGAGGUCCACCGCUACCACCGGCGGAUAACGAAAAACUAUCGCAGCGAGAGAAACUGAUUCGCGACAUCGAACAGCGCCGAUUGGAGUGCCUUGUAUGCGUGGAGGCGAUCAAGUCGCACCAGCCAACCUGGUCGUGCAGGAACUGUUAUCACAUGCUGCACCUCAAGUGCACCAUCACCUGGGCGAGCAGCUCCAAGUCCGAAGUGGGCUGGCGUUGUCCAGCUUGCCAGAAUGUGCUGCAGGAGUUGCCACGCGACUAUCUAUGCUUCUGCGGCAAACUGAAAAACCCGCCGGUAUCACGGACCGAAUUGGCCCACAGCUGUGGCGAGGUCUGCUGCCGGAUCGAGGGUUGUAGCCACGCCUGCACCCUGCUCUGUCACCCGGGUCCUUGCCCGCCGUGCCAGGCCAACGUGGUGCGCAGCUGUGGAUGUGGACGCAGCUCAAAAACGAUGCAGUGCGCCAUGAAGGAAGAGGUGCUCUGCGGCGAGAUCUGCGACAAGGUGCUUAACUGUGGCGAGCAUCGCUGCCAGGCGGAGUGCCACUCGGGCAAGUGCGAGCCGUGUCACGAGCAAGUGGAGCAGCGCUGCCACUGCGACAAGCAGGAGCGCAAGGUGCAGUGCACGCGAGAAACGCAGGACAAACGCUGCUAUUCGUGCAAGGACAGCUGCGGUCAACCGCUUCCCUGCGGCCACCACAAGUGCAAGGACUCCUGCCACGCGGGAAGUUGUAGACCCUGCAAGCUGAGUCCCGAGCAGAUAACCAGUUGUCCUUGCGGCAAAAUGCCCAUACCGGCUGGCCAGCGUUCAAGCUGCCUGGACCCGAUUCCCACAUGCGAGGGCAUCUGCUCUCGGACGUUGCGUUGUGGAAAGCCGGCGCAUCCGCAUCAAUGCGGAAGCAAGUGCCACUUGGGCCAGUGCCCUCCAUGUCCCAAGCAGACUGCUGUAAAGUGCCGUUGCGGCCACAUGGACCAAAUGAUCAAGUGUCGGCAGCUAUGUAACAGAGCGGACGACGCCCGUUGCAAGCGACGGUGCACCAAGAAGCGCAGCUGUGGCAAGCACAAGUGCAACACCGAGUGCUGCAUCGAUAUAGACCACGACUGUCCACUGCCCUGUAAUCGAACACUCAGUUGUGGCAAGCACAAGUGCGAUCAGCCGUGCCACCGCGGCAAUUGUCCGCCAUGCUAUCGCAGCAGUUUCGAGGAGCUCUACUGCGAGUGUGGUGCCGAAGUGAUCUACCCACCAGUGCCGUGCGGCACCAAGAAGCCAAUGUGCAAGCUCCCUUGCUCGCGCAUCCAUCCAUGCGAUCAUCCGCCGCAGCACAACUGCCAUUCGGGCCCCACCUGUCCGCCCUGCAUGAUCUUCACCGCGAAAUUGUGUCACGGCAACCACGAGCUGCGCAAGACCAUUCCCUGCUCGCAGCCCAGCUUCAGCUGUGGCAUGGCCUGCGGCAAGCCGUUGCCAUGUGGCGGACACAAGUGUAUAAAGCCGUGUCACGAGGGCCCCUGCCAGUCUGCCGCCGAGAUCUGCCGGCAGAGCUGCACCAAGCCACGACCGAACUGUGGUCACAAAUGUGCAGCACCCUGUCACGAGGGAGCCUGUCCGGAAACGCCUUGCAAGGAGCUGGUGGAGGUGCAGUGCGAGUGCGGCAACCGAAAGCAGAACCGCAGCUGCCAGGAACUAGCCAGGGAGCACAGUCGUAUAGCCACCAUCCAGCUGGCCUCGUCCAUGGCAGAGAUGUCACGCGGCAAUUACAUGGAGCUCAGCGAAAUCUUGGCUCCAGCCAAAAAAUCUAAUAAAACUUUGGAUUGCAACGACGAAUGUCGUCUACUGGAGAGGAAUCGUCGACUGGCCGCGGCCCUCUCCUCUGGAAAUUCCGAUACAAAGCUAAAGUCUCUAACCAAGUACUCGGAGUUUGUUCGUAGCUUCGCAAAGAAGAACGCAGCGCUGACCAAGAGCGUUUACGAGACAUUGACCGACCUGGUAAAGUUGGCCAAGGAAAGCAAGCAACGCUCGAGGAGCCACUCUUUCCCCACCAUGAACCGCGAAAAGAGGCAGCUGGUGCACGAGUUGUGCGAGGUAUUUGGUAUUGAAUCGGUUUCGUAUGACAAGGAGCCAAAUCGCAACGUUGUGGCCACGGCCCAUAAGGAUAGGUGCUGGUUCCCCGCCACGAGCAUCAUGGAAGUGCUGGCUCGCGAGUCCGGACAACGCCGCGUUCCGGUGCCCAGUAACAAUGCUUGGGGCUUCAAGAAGUAAAUCAAAGCCGUGUGGAUAACUGUAUACAGAGAUAUUCUAUAUGUUUAAUCGAUGGCGCUGGAAAAUAACAGUUAAAAAUGGAUAGAUGAUGAGAAAGGAAGCCUGGAUGUGGAUGACUUAUUGAUUGAACCUAAAUGAGGAAAAGUUGGUGGAUGCGCUGCGAGGACAAUACAGAAGGAUUAUUGGCGUUACCACGUAUAUUUUGUAAAUGAUAUCAAAUGUUAGUUGAACCCUAGAAUGCUAGAUGUUGAAUACUUGAAUAUGGAGUGAACUGGAUAAGCAGGCACAAAUGUGAAGAAUCAUGUUAACCAAUCUGUUGUACGAUGAAUUUAUCCAAAUGCGUUGGCCACGUUGCAUCUAAAUACAAAGGAAAGCUAUAGAUCAGAAGGAUAAAUAAAUGAGCAUAUAGAGCAGAGGGCAA